GAAAAAGAGAGGUUUUCUGGCUGGUUGGCUUUGGUUGUGGCAAGCCCAGCAGGAGCCAACCUCCUCCUCCUCUCUCUCGUUUCCCUCCCCCUCUUCUUUUCUCUCCCCCCCCCACUUUUUUCCCCCUUUUUGCUUUGCCAACACCCGCGGAAGGUGGAGCUUCGGCCGCGCUGCGUCGCAGGCGUCAGAAUCCUCGAUUUCCAACUUCGCGUCUUGGCCGGACCUUUUGGCGGAGCGCGCAAAGGAAAGUGGGGUGGGAGAGGGAGAGAGAGAGAGAGAGAGAAAGCGCCCUUCUCCGUCCAAAGGAGGGAGGCAGAGAGAUAAGGCGAAGGAGUAGGAGAAGAGGGGGAGGAGGAAGAGGAGGGGAGAAAAGAAGAAGGGAGCCAUUCGCCGGAGUGCGUCCAAGCUCAGCUCGGCUGCACUGGAGAGGCGGCGAAGGAGGGCGCGCGCGUCGAGCCCGCUAGCCCCGGCUUGUAGAAGCACCCUCGGAGGCAGACCUCGACGACGCUCGCCGUAGAGAGAAACGCACAGGGCGCCCGGGAGAGAGGGAGGCAGGGAGGGAGGACGGACGCAGUUCCUGGCGACGGCGGUGGUGGCUGUGCGCUCGCUGCCUGGCGGGUAUAUGCCUGCCUCUGGCCAUGUCGUAUCCUCAGGGUUAUUUGUACCAGCCGUCGGCUUCCUUGGCGCUCUACUCCUGCCCGGCUUACAGCACCAGCGUGAUCUCCGGCCCCAGGACGGAUGAGCUGGGCAGAUCGUCGUCCGGCUCGGCUUUCUCUCCUUACGCCGGCUCCACCGCCUUCAGUGCGCCCUCGCCGGGUUACAACUCACACCUCCAGUACAGCGCUGAUCCGGCGGCCGCGGCCGCAGCCGCUUUCUCCUCUUACGUGGGCUCGCCCUACGACCACACCCCCGGCAUGGCCGGCUCUUUGGGGUACCACCCUUACGCGGCUCCCUUGGGAUCCUACCCCUACGGCGACCCGGCCUACCGGAAAAACGCCACCCGGGACGCCACGGCCACCCUCAAGGCCUGGCUGAACGAGCACCGGAAAAACCCUUACCCCACCAAAGGCGAGAAGAUCAUGCUGGCCAUCAUCACCAAGAUGACCCUCACGCAGGUCUCCACCUGGUUCGCCAACGCCCGGCGGCGCCUCAAAAAGGAGAAUAAAAUGACCUGGACUCCCCGGAACCGGAGCGAAGACGAGGAGGAAGAGGAGAACAUCGACUUGGAGAAGAACGACGAGGAGGAGCCACAGAAGCUGGAGGAGAAGGGCGAUCUGGAGGCGAUCGAGAUAGGUGCUGGAGACCCGAAGGGAGGCGCGGCAGGCAAAGAAGCCGACGGCGCGUUGAGCGACUCGGAUUGUAAAGAAGCCCCCGACGAGGCGCUCAGCGGGCCGCCUCCUUCUCCAAGCGCACCAGCAGCUGCACCGGCCGGAGGAGAGGACCCGCAGCCGGCCCACCCGCUGCCCGCCCAGUACAGACCCCCUUCGACGGACCUGCACCCCCUCCUGCCUUCCAGCAACGGGACGUCGGUGAUCCACUCGCCCCAGGCGGCUCCGCAGGCGGCAGCGGCGGCGGGAGCCGGGGCCCUUUCCAAGCCUAAACUGUGGUCUUUGGCGGAGAUCGCCACCUCAGCGGACAAAUCGAAGGAGGGCAGCGGCGAGGCGGCCCCGCAGGCUCCGAGUUUAGCCGGAGCCGGCUCGGCACAAUCCCCGACAGCGCGGUCGCCUUCCUCCACGCACUGCCCUUUCCCCAAUGGCGCCUCGGUCCUCUCGCGGCCCCUCUAUUACACCACCAGCCCCUUUUACCCGGGUUACACGAACUACAGCUCUUUCGGACACCUCUCCGGCAACGCGGCGACGGCGGGGAACCCCAGCCCCCAUUUUAACGGAUUAAACCAGACUAUUUUGAACAGAGCGGAAGCCUUGGCUAAAGAAACUAAAAUCCUCAGAAGCCAGUCCCAGUUUGAUCUUAGUAAAGACUCGCCUUACGAACUGAAGAAAGGUAUGUCGCAUAUUUAAUCUUGAGUUUCUUCCCAGAUUAAAAACCCUCUUCGUCAUCCACGACCGGACUAUCCCCUCUCCCUUGAUUUUUCUUUUCUUUUUAAUUUUUUAUGUUGUCUAUUUCUUUCUGCUUUUUUAUUGUUGUUGGUUUUAAUUUAUUUACAACCAAUUCAGACUUGAUUUUGGCAGAGGUUUCUUUUUUAAUUAAAAAAAAGAGAGAACUAAGUGCGGAAGGAGGAAAACAAGAAAAAGAGGGGGGAGAGAAACCCAGACCACUCCAAUUUCCAAAAUCAGUGGUAUAAUUUAUUUGAGAAAGCAGAAAGUAAGCAGCUCUUGGGAGGAGAAAUAAUAA